AUCUGCGAGCGGCACCGGGAGAGAUCAGUGCAAGCGACCUGCUCGCAAGAAAGACAAGCAAAAGAAGACUUACUCAUCAUUCCUCCAUCAUGUUCCUCCUGCUCUCCGUGUGCAUCUUGGGGCUCCUGGCCUCACAGAGUGACGCCCAGGACCGAGCCGCCCUCUGGAGGGGCAACGACCGCAGCGGGCGAUGCCAGUACACCUUCACCGUAGCCAGCCCCACCGAGACCAGCUGCCCCCAGGCCGGAGGUCCAGAGUUUGAAGGCAUCAAGGCCAGGCUUUCGCUGCUGGAGGCGUUGGUGUCCAAGCUGACCGGAGGAGGCAACGCGCCGGAUGCCCGACUCCAGGAGGCCCUGACCCGGGCGGUGGGCGAGAGGAACCUCCUCCAGGGAGAGAAGGAGCGUCUGGAGAGGGAGCUGGGCUCGCUUCAGAGACGCUCGGAGGAGAUACUGAGGGAGACGGAGAGGCUGAGGAGCAGACCGUGUCCGCCGCAGACCCCCUCCGUGUCGGGCGGUGCUCCGAUGAGACCUGCUGGAGGUUCGAGCCCUGUGUCCCACCUGAUGGCCCGUCCCAACAGACCAGAGGACAGCAUGAGUUUAAGAGACUCGGUGUGGCAGCAAGGCUUCCAGGAGCUCAAGGCUGAGGUGACCGAAGUUCCGGCUCCUGAAGAAUACACAGGUUGCGGCGUGCUGGUGUCCGUGUCGGAGCCAGUCACUCACAGGAAGGCUGACAGCAUCGCGGGCAAAUACGGCGUGUGGAUGCAGGACCCCGAGGCGGUGGCACCGUACGGGCCGGCCAUGGUGUGGCGAAUCGAUACGGUCGGCUCCGACGUCAGGCAGCUGUUUGGGUAUGAAGACAUGGAGCAGCUCUCCAGGGGCUUUCCUACCAAGGUGGUGUUACUACCAGAGCCCCUGGAAGGCACGGGCGCCGUCCUGUACCGCGGCUCCCUGUACUACCAGCGUCGCCGCAGCCGAACCUUGAUCCGUUUCGACCUGGCGUCGGAGAGCGUGGCGGCCCGGCGCGACCUGCCGCACGCCGGCUUCCACGGUCAGUUCCCGUACUCUUGGGGCGGCUACACAGACAUCGACCUGGCGGUGGACGAGCGCGGCUUGUGGGCAAUCUACUCCACCAGCAAGGCCAAGGGCGCCGUGGUGCUAUCCCGGCUUGACCCGCACGACCUGCGGGUGACCAAGAGCUGGGAGACCAACAUCCGCAAGAACAGCGUAGCCAACGCCUUCCUCGUGUGCGGCCGCCUCUACACUGUGGCGAGCUACGGGGCAGCGAACACCACCGUCAACUAUGUAUUCGAUACAGAGAGCGGCCGCGGACGGUCCCUGGCGGUUCCCUUCGCAAACAAGUACCGCUACAACAGCAUGAUCGAUUACAACCCCGCGCAGAAGAAGCUUUUCGCCUGGGACAAUUUCCACAUGGUCUCCUACGACCUCCGACUGGGGCGACCCCCUGCUGAGGCCUAAGGGCCCCGAGCUACAACAUGAAAAGACUCAGAGUUUUGUUAAGGCUGCCUCAAAGUCUACAGAAGGCCACCACAACUUUAUUUUUCAUACACGUUAUAACUUAAGUUUUAACUUUGGAUUUGUAUUUUUUUGUGUGUAAUUGUUACAUUUCUUUGAAAUUAAAUGACUUAAAACUGCAAAAGUGUAUAGUUACAUUGUCAAAUGACAUAUUUUGUGUGUAAUUUCACAGUUAUUCAUUUUUUACAUUUUAAGAAUAUGGAGAAAAAAAUAGCACCCCAAAAAAUGUAAAAAUAAUUCCAGUUAAAAGGUAAAAAAAUUACAUUGUGAUCGAAUAAAAAGUAAUUGUGGAAUAGCAGGCCCAGCGCACCAGUAUCCAGGACGGAUAUAAUUAUUUUUGUACCCGAUUGGGUUUGUGUCUAUACACCACAGGAACGUUAGACAAAUAUUGUACCCAAGUUUGACGUUUUCCCACCUGCUGCUUUGGCGUGCACUUGCCGCAUAAAAUGAUUGAUUCAUUGACGCGUGUGUACAAAUAAUUAAAUGUACAGUGUGUGACUAGUUGACAUGAUAUUGCAUGGACACUGUAGUCAACUAAUGUACAUUGUUCUUUUUGAAAUAAAAGGUUUCAAAUGGGCAACUCACCCAAAACAAGUUUCAAA